AUGACCCGACGGAGGGCGGUGGUCAAGGCGGCGUGCGACGCCCACUGGGGGUACAACCUGGGGCCCGGGCUUAACACCUGGGCCGUCUUCAAGGACCCGAACCAGACAAUGAUGUACUGCCACGUGGCGAAAGCCGGCUGCACCUUCUGGGCGCGCGUGUUCAGCUUCAUCACCCGACCGGAAGACAUGAAACGUCUAAAUAUAACAUCGCCUUUUGACGUCAUGCGCAUCACUGCGCACAGCGAGCUCGCGCCGGAAGGACACGGGGAUUGGUCGCUUCUCAAACAGGAAGUGCAUGCCGACACGUCCAAAUUUUUUUUCGCGCGGGACCCGUAUGCAAGAUUGUGGAGUGUUUACCUUGACAAAUACUACCUUCCCGGGUCGUGGAAUUCGUAUGAGUUCUCAUCUAGUGUAUGUCUACUCAACAUCAGCUUCAGCGAUUUUUUAGCGUUUGCUAUGACGUCAAAGGACGGUCACGUGAGACCCGUCUCUGAAACGUGCAACCCUUGCGUGUUUCAACCUAUUUAUAUCGGUAAAGUCGAGACUUUCUCUUCAGAUUCGAUGUACAUACUCAGCCAGUUCAAUCUCAGCCAUCUUCUCGACGGAUUCGAUUUCGCGAAUUACACCCAAACCGAGAUGAGAUCGAUCCUCUACGAUUACUACCAGCUGUAUUCGGAUCUUAAUUUAACUCAAUGUUUAAGUAUCAAAGAUCUCGCCAGAAGGAUGUGGAAGGUGUUCCAGAUUAACGGACACAUUCGAGAAAGUUCCGAGUUUCCGGAAAACUUGGAGGAAUAUUCUAGAGAUGUUGUGAUGACAAGGUUGACUGAUCUUGUUCACACAAAGCCGAUGAGCAGAACGGAGUCGAACAAGCAGAGGCGGAAAUAUUUAUGUCAGGCGUACAAGAGCGUUUCCGGUCCUCUUAUCAAGGCGAUUCAGGAACGGUUUAGGGCCGAUUUUGAAAUGUUUGAAUACAGUGAAACUCCUCCACAGUGA